AUGGCUGUAGGGCACCACACGCCCAAGAGGCAGUCGGUGUGGGCGGCAGCGUUUGGCGUCUUGCUGCUGGCAGGAGCUAGAGCUGCUGUAGCACAGACAGGUGACCACGUCAGCAUGAACAGUGGCAGCAAGAAUGCAGUCAUAGUCACCGCUGCUUCCACCGUAAACGGUGCUGCUUCUAACGGGGACGCUAGCACCAACAUUCUUGUGAGGAAUGCGGCAGGCGGGGCAGGAAGGAAGGUGGUUGGCAGCGAGGGAGAGAAGGCAGAGGGAGCAGCGAGGAGAGGAGAGGAAGGAGAGAAGGGGCAAGUGAGAGAGGGGCAGGGUGGGGGAGAGGAGCGGAAAGAGGAGGAAGAGGAGAGGGAAGGAGUGGAGGAGGAGGCGGAGAUGGGUCGGGCGUACAGCCGGUGGGUGGAGAAGCCGGCAAGCCUGAGCGUGCCCCUCAGGGUGGUGGCGCUCAGAGGCACAGUGGCGAGCAUGUGGCGCAAGGUGAGAGGCACAGUGGCGAGCAUGUGGCGCAAGGUGAGAGGCACAGUGGCGAGCAUGUGGCGCAAGGUGAGAGGCACAGUGGCGAGCAUGUGGCGCACGGUGAGAGGCACAGUGGCGAGCAUGUGGCGCAAGGUGAGAGGCACAGUGGCGAGCAUGUGGCGCAAGGUGAGAGGCACAGUGGCGAGCAUGUGGCGCAAGGUGAGAGGCACAGUGGCGAGCAUGUGGCGCAAGGUGAGAGGCACAGUGGCGAGCAUGUGGCGCAAGGUGAGAGGCACAGUGGCGAGCAUGUGGCGCAAGGUGAGAGGCACAGUGGCGAGCAUGUGGCGCAAGGUGAGAGGCACAGUGUCGAGCAUGUGGCGCAAGGUGAGAGGCACAGUGGCGAGCAUGUGGCGCAAGGUGAGAGGCACAGUGGCGAGCAUGUGGCGCAAGGUGAGAGGCACAGUGGCGAGCAUGUGGCGCAAGGUGAGAGGCACAGUGGCGAGCAUGUGGCGCAAGGUGAGAGGCACAGUGGCGAGCAUGUGGCGCAAGGUGAGAGGCACAGUGGCGAGCAUGUGGCGCAAGGUGAGAGGCACAGUGGCGAGCAUGUGGCGCAAGGUGAGAGGCACAGUGGCGAGCAUGUGGCGCAAGGUGAGAGGCACAGUGGCGAGCAUGUGGCGCAAGGUGAGAGGCACAGUGGCGAGCAUGUGGCGCAAGGUGAGAGGCACAGUGGCGAGCAUGUGGCGCAAGGUGAGAGGCACAGUGGCGAGCAUGUGGCGCACGGUGAGAGGCACAGUGGCGAGCAUGUGGCGCAAGGUGAGAGGCACAGUGGCGAGCAUGUGGCGCAAGGUGAGAGGCACAGUGGCGAGCAUGUGGCGCAAGGUGAGAGGCACAGUGGCGAGCAUGUGGCGCAAGGUGAGAGGCACAGUGGCGAGCAUGUGGCGCAAGGUGAGAGGCACAGUGGCGAGCAUGUGGCGCAAGGUGAGAGGCACAGUGGCGAGCAUGUGGCGCAAGGUGAGAGGCACAGUGUCGAGCAUGUGGCGCAAGGUGAGAGGCACAGUGGCGAGCAUGUGGCGCAAGGUGAGAGGCACAGUGGCGAGCAUGUGGCGCAAGGUGAGAGGCACAGUGGCGAGCAUGUGGCGCAAGGUGAGAGGCACAGUGGCGAGCAUGUGGCGCAAGGUGAGAGGCACAGUGGCGAGCAUGUGGCGCAAGGUGAGAGGCACAGUGGCGAGCAUGUGGCGCAAGGUGAGAGGCACAGUGGCGAGCAUGUGGCGCAAGGUGAGAGGCACAGUGGCGAGCAUGUGGCGCAAGGUGAGAGGCACAGUGGCGAGCAUGUGGCGCAAGGUGAGAGGCACAGUGGCGAGCGUGUGGCGCAAGGUGAGAGGCACAGUGGCGAGCGUGUGGCGCAAGGUGAGAGGCACAGUGGCGAGCAUGUGGCGCAAGGUGAGAGGCACAGUGGCGAGCGUGUGGCGCAAGGUGAGAGGCACAGUGGCGAGCAUGUGGCGCAAGGUGAGAGGCACAGUGGCGAGCAUGUGGCGCAAGGUGAGAGGCACAGUGGCGAGCAUGUGGCGCAAGGUGAGAGGCACAGUGGCGAGCAUGUGGCGCAAGGUGAGAGGCACAGUGGCGAGCAUGUGGCGCAAGGUGAGAGGCACAGUGGCGAGCAUGUGGCGCAAGGUGAGAGGCACAGUGGCGAGCAUGUGGCGCACGGUGAGAGGCACAGUGGCGAGCGUGUGGCGCAAGGUGAGAGGCACAGUGGCGAGCAUGUGGCGCAAGGUGAGAGGCACAGUGGCGAGCAUGUGGCGCAAGGUGAGAGGCACAGUGGCGAGCAUGUGGCGCAAGGUGAGAGGCACAGUGGCGAGCAUGUGGCGCAAGGUGAGAGGCACAGUGGCGAGCAUGUGGCGCAAGGUGAGAGGCACAGUGGCGAGCAUGUGGCGCAAGGUGAGAGGCACAGUGGCGAGCAUGUGGCGCAAGGUGAGAGGCACAGUGGCGAGCAUGUGGCGCAAGGUGAGAGGCACAGUGGCGAGCAUGUGGCGCAAGGUGAGAGGCACAGUGGCCAGCAUGUGGCGCAAGGUGAGAGGCACAGUGGCGAGCAUGUGGCGCAAGGACUUCCUGCAGUCGCAGUCACCCCUCGCCAAGCUCACAGUGGACGCGCGCCCCUCCCACGCCGCCAUCGCCUCUGACCUCCUCGCCCCGCUCCCCGCCGCCACCACGCCCGCCGCCCCCUCCUCCUCUCCCUGCGCCUCUGGCGCCCCGCCGUUGGCCCCCUCGGCCGAGACUUCUAAGGGCCAGGCUCGUGGGAAGAAGGGCGGCGCGCAGCCCUCCCUGCGCUCCGCUGCCGCUGCUGACGUCGUCACUGUGGGGGACAGGUGGCUCAAGGAGCUGAUAUCGCGCAGAGCCCUGCUUCCCCUGGAUGGUGUGGAGCGAUCUGAUUGGUUCAAAGCCCUGGGGCCCACGUGGCUGGUGAGUGUGUGCUGUGCCAUAUGCCGCGCCCUAGGGAGGGAGGCUGUGCUGUGCUGUGCUGUGGGAGGGGCAGGCUGUCCACGAAAGCAUGCCUUGCAGCUUAAAGGUGCGCGUGCAAGCAUGGAUGUGCACGAGUUGCGUUAUGGCAGGAAGUACGAUCGUCGUGAGGGUGAUCGCUCGCGGCGGGAGCGCUCACGAGAGCGCGGGCGUUCGCUAGAGAGGUCGCCGCGGAGGCCUGACCGCUCGCCGCGGAGGCCUGAGCGCUCGCCGCGGAGGCCGGCUUUUCGCGCCGAUCUGGUCCCUCUCGCGCCAGAUCGCCGUGAAGAAGGUGCAGAGCGCGAAGGAAGAGGCGGAUCCGAGUCCGUCAGGAUGGGAAGUGACCCGUGGCGGACGGAUACGCACCACGGGGCUGGUGGCGAAUGCGGACAUCGCCACGACACGGGAGCGUAUCGCUCGCCGGACGAAGGUUACCGCCGUCGCGAAGAUCGCAGUCGCGGGCGUGGCCUGGAGGAGCUAUUCUCUGGUCGGCAAGGAGAUCUCGAUGUGGAUGGGGAGGGCGAGGUCGAUAUGGCGGAGAAGCCGCAGGAAAUGGAUCUCGAGAGUGAAGCGAAGGGCGAUGACGAGGCCCAUGAGGAAGGCGCGGGCGAGCAGCGCGAUAUGCACGCCGAAGUCAAGGAAGCCAGUCCGAUGCGGGCGAGCGAGGAGGCUGCGCCAGGCGCGGCAGAAAUAGGCGGGAAGGAUGGUGCGCGGAACCAGACGCGUGGUGAAGAAGGCAACGACGACAGGAGGCGUAGCCGUGGAUCGCGCUCGCCGACCCCCCAUCAGCACCACGACCAGAAUCAUGGUGGCGAGAGGCAUGCGUCAGAUCCGCGGCUGCAGCAAGACAAGAGGCGCGACGGCGGGCAUCGCUCGCCAGAUCCGCGGCUGCAGCGUGACGAGAGGCGCGGCGGCGACCAUCGCUCGCCAGAUCCGCGGCGGCAGCGUGACGAGAGGCGUGGCGGCGACCAUCGCUCGCCAGAUCCGCGGCUGCAGCGUGACGAGAGGCGCGGCGGCGACCAUCGCUCGCCAGAUCCGCGGCUGCGGCGUGACGAGAGGCGUGGCGGCGGCUACCGCUCGCCAGAUCCGCGGCGGCAGCGCGAGGACAGACGUGACGGCGGCAACCGCUCGCCAGAUUCGCGGCAGCAGCGUGAGGACAGGCGCGACGGCGGCUACCGCUCGACUGAUGUGCGGCAGUGGCACGACGAAAUGCGCGGAAGUGGUCACCACUUGCCAGAUCCACGGCAGCGUCGUGGGGAGGAGCGCGGAGACAGCACGCGUUCACCAGAUCCGCGGAGCGCUCGCCUGACGCGCAACGGCAUCCUGGAGGAGGGUGGAGAGGCGAGGCGCGCUCGCCGGAUUGGCGGCAGCCGCUUGAGGAGAGUCACGGGGGCAGACAUCGCUCGCCACCGCGGCAGCGGAGCAGGGAUAUAA